CUCGCAGAAUGCAUGAUGGGACAACAGCCUUUUCACGUUGCGGCGUAAUUUUUCUCACGAUAUCGAGAAAGCUGCAAAAUCUGACAAAAUGGUGGCCUCAAAGAAGCAGAAAAAACAGAUGGAAUCCAUCAACACCCGAUUGCAGUUGGUGAUGAAGAGCGGCAAAUACAAUCUUGGAUACAAGCAGACAUUGAAGUCACUCCGCAACGGCAAGGCAAAGCUUGUCAUCCUUGCCAACAACACAACUCCACUCAGGAAAAGCGAGGUUGAAUACUACGCCAUGUUGGCCAAGACUGGUGUCCAUCACUACAGUGGAAACAACAUUGAACUGGGAACAGCUUGCGGAAAGUACUUCAGGGUAUGCACACUAUGCAUCACAGAUCCUGGUGACAGUGACAUCAUCCGCAGCAUGCCAUCUGAGCAGACCUCGUAAGGUCGUAGCAGCAAGGGGGUCAGUUCUUGGGGUCAAAUAAAUCAUAUUGUCUUGUGCAAAUGUAAA